AUGCUGAGGUUGGUACAAAUUGCUGUAUCUCUGCUGGUGGUAGCGGCUACUGUUGCUCAGUGUGAGGUCCAGAGCUAUGCAGAGUACAUGGUAUGCCGGUUCAAGACCAGGGAUCACAGACAUGUCGUGGAGGAUAUAGUGAAACCUCUGACGAAUGACUACGAUAUAUGGGCACGCAACGAGGAGUUCAUUGAUAUACGAUUGCACAAGGGUGUAGGGCCCGUAGAGGGAUGCGAUAUCAUGAUAGAGGAUUUAGAGAGAGCUGUUAGGGAAUCGUAUGCUGAGGAGAAGGGAACUCGAGCAGAGAGCGAUUCGGAAGUGCAGGUUUCGUUUGCAAACUUGGGAUCCUCGGACUUUUUCUUCCACGAAUUCAGAGAUUUGGAGACGAUAUACUCGUGGCUUGAUCUCUUGGAGCAUAGUUUUCCUCAUCUGGUGAAGGUCGAAUGGGUCGGGGAGACCUUUGAAGGCAGAUCUUUGAAGGCAUUGCACAUCUCGACUAACAAUCCCGAGACGAAUCCUGAAAAGAAGACGAUUGUAAUGACGGGCGGAAUUCACGCCCGAGAAUGGAUAAGUAUAAGCUCGGUCUGCUGGACCGUUUACCAGCUGCUUACCAAAUACGGGAUGUCGAAAAAAGAGACAAGAUUCUUGGAUCAUCUAGACUUCCUCAUAAUUCCUGUGUUUAACCCGGACGGAUAUGCCUAUACCUGGGAACACGAUCGUCUGUGGCGGAAGAACCGUCAAGAGACGUUUGUGCCUAGCUGUCCGGGUAUAGACAUUGAUCACUCCUUCGAUUACCAGUGGACGGCCAACAACGAGUUCCCGUGCAGCGAAGAGUAUAGCGGAGAGGAGCCAUUCGAAGCAAUCGAAGCAUCCUCCUGGGCAGAUUAUUUGAACACUACUAAAGGUGAGUACAAAGUUUAUGGCUUCUUGGACUUCCACUCUUACUCUCAGGAGAUUCUUUAUCCAUAUGCUUACUCGUGCGAUGCGCUUCCUAGGGAUCUGGAGAACUUGCUAGAGCUGUCCUAUGGACUAUCAAAGGCCAUCCGAAAUCGGUCUGGGAAAUAUUACAAAGUGAGCCCGGCUUGCAAAGACCGCGGUUCCGAUUUGAUGCCAGGCUUGGGAUCUGGCUCCGCGCUUGAUUUCAUGUACCACCACAGAGCGCGGUGGGCUUUUCAAUUAAAGCUGAGGGACACCGGUAACCACGGAUUUCUCUUGCCAUCAAAGUUCAUACGACCAGUGGGCAAAGAAACUUAUGCCGCGGUCAAAUACUUUUGCUCCUUCAUAGUGGACCCUGAUCUAUAA